AUGGCCUCCAACGCCGAGAAGCUUGACGAUGUCGAGAAGAAUCCCUACGCCUCUGCCAGCAGAUGGCGCCACCAGGAGAGCCCUGCCUUUCUACGCCACGCCGGCCAAGCUGUGCCCCGCCACGCGCAGGAGACGCACGGCAACACCAGCGAUCUCGCCAGCUUCCUCAACAAGGAUCGCGUCGAACCUGAGCGCCCCACGACCGCCGAGCACCGCGCAGGGAACUUCAAGCCUAUCAUGAUUGGCGCCGCCGAGGCCAAAGAGGAGAUUGAGCCCCGCCAGGAUGCCCAUGUGGACGGUGUCGAAAACGCAGGCGUUUCUGACGGCCGUGAAGUCGUCUGCGGCCCGCUUCUCAACUACCGCCGCACUGAGGGCACGCUCUGGCGUGGCAGCGCUCUCAUUGUCGUCUCUGGCGGCGGCAAGACGCAGAACUUUGUUCCCACCAUGAACCUCCGUCGCGAGCUCGCCAGCGACGGACGCCAGUACCACGAGACGCCCGCCACCAAUGGUACGAACGGGGUCGGUACGACGGACGGUGCGCAUGCGCUCGAGGGCUACGUGUCGUACAGCGACAGCACACAAGUCAAAGGCGAGUGCCUGUAUUCGGACCCUCGCAACACAUUUUGGGCCUUUGACGUGCACGUCGAGAUGGACCACGAGGAGGGCAAGUGGGAGUACUGGUUCGACGACGUGCGCUUCACAAGCCAGACGAAGCCUCAACGCAAUCACUUCUGGGUCCCUGCCACAAACGAGUCCAUGAGGAUGAUGUUCCACUCGUGCAACGGCUUCAGCGUCGGUACCGACGAGGAGGCCUACAGUGGCCUUGCCCUGUGGAACGAUGUCACUAGACGCCACCGCGAGAAGCCUUUUCAUGUCAUGAUUGGCGGAGGCGAUCAGAUCUACAACGACGGCAUCCGUGUUUCGGGCCCGUUACGCGCGUGGACAGAUAUCUCCAACCCGACCAAGAGGCGACACUACCCCUUCCCCGAGAAGCUGCGCCAGGCUUGCGACGACUACUACCUGAAGAACUACAUCAAGUGGUAUUCGAGGGAGCCGUUCGCCGGCAUGAAUGGUACCAUCCCCCAGGUGAACAUUUGGGAUGACCAUGACAUCAUUGACGGCUUCGGCUCCUACGUCGACGAGUUCAUGAAGUGCGACGUCUUCCGGGGCAUUGGAGGCACCGCUCACAAGUACUACAUGCUGUUUCAGCACCACCUGCCCCCUCCGCCGUCCACUUACACAACUGAUCACGGAGAGUCCUUGUCUGGCCCUGGCCAAGGCGAAGACCCCAACCAGCUGAUGGAUACGUUUGUGGCCCCCAGCAAGACGGACGAUUGUUACAUUGUUGGCUCAAAGCACGGUCCGUACGUUGCCGAGCACUCCCACAACAUCUUCUGCAAGCUCGGUGCGCGAGUGGCGAUGGUGGGCAUUGAUGCCAGAACUGAGCGUACUCGUCAUCAAAUUAACUACCCCGAAACGUACGACCAGAUCUUUGAACGCACGAGACAGGAGCUGCAGGCUGCGGCCGACGCGGGCCAGCCCUUUAAGCACUUGAUUCUGCUGCUUGGUAUCCCGAUCGCGUAUCCUCGCUUGACCUGGCUGGAAACCGUGUUCAGAAGUCCCCUCAUGGGCCCUGUCAGGCUUCUGAACAAGCGAUUCGGUGUUGCUGGCGGUCUGUUCAAUCAGUUUGAUGGCAGCAUUGACUUGCUCGACGAUCUCGACGACCACUACACGGCAAGGACGCACAAGAGGGAGCGCCAGGCGCUUGUCGAGCGGCUGCAGAAGAUCGCGGCCGAGUUCUCCGUCCGCAUCACCAUCCUUGGCGGAGACGUUCAUCUUGCUGCGCUAGGUCGCUUCUACUCCCAUCCCAAGCUGGGUAUUGCGACGGAUAAUGACCACCGCUACAUGGCCAAUGUUGUGUCGUCCGCCAUUGUCAACAAGCCUCCUCCAACGGCUGUCGCGAACCUGCUGGCCAAGCGCAACAAGAUCCAUCAUCUGAACCACGACACGGACGAGACGCUGCUCACCUUCUUCAACAAGAACCCUGGCGAUUCGAACAAGACGCCCGGUUUCAACAAGGUCACAAUGCCCAGCCGCAACUUUGCGAUUCUCACGGAGAACUCGCCCAACAACCCGGCCGUCAACGCGGAGCCCGAGAAUGACGGGACAAACGGCACGACCAACGGCUCGGUCCGGACCAAUUUCUCCGGCAAGGGCGGCCACGACUUUUUGCACCCCGGCGAGGUGGACGCGGGUACGCUGCACCGAGCAGCGUCGGCUGCACAUGGCCGACUCAACGACGGCAGUCUCGACAUUGUUAUCCGCGUCGAAAUCGACCAGCACGACAAGGAAGGCAAGACGGACGGGUACGGCCUCACCGUGCCGUUGCUGCACUACACCCGGCCUGUGACGCCGGCGGCGCCGUUCCCGCAACAGGAGCACUCUGCCGAGACAUCCUCGAGGAGCCGGCCCCGGAGUCAUUAG